UAAAAUACAUAUAUAUUUAUUGUGAUUCAGUGAAUAGUACGCGUUCGUAUGAUUCUUCAGAAAAGUAAAGAGAUAAUAUUUUUUAAUGAACCUGCUGGUAUUCAAAAUUAAUGAACAGUAAAAAUUUUGACCUUUCGAAUAAGAAUAAGAUGCAUAACAAGGCGAUGCUACAUUUGUUAGUCUCUGCGUUGUUUAUUGGCACAGUGCAGGCAGGAUGUCCGUUGUGGUCGACAUCUAAUCAAACUUCUGAUUCACGGCUUCCGGGAGAUGGAGGUUAUAGAAUAAUCAUCAGUGGUAAUUAUGAUAAAUACAUCCCGAAAGCAGUCUAUACUAUCAGUCUCCAAGGCCAGAGUAUCUACACGAAACCUAAAGAAUUCAGCCGUUUCACGUUAUCAGUAGAUUCGGAGCAUGUUCCGUUUAGUUCAACAGCAAAUGUCGGUUUUUUCCAGAUAUUCUCUGAUUCUCUGGUGCAAUUUAACGAAAACUGUAUCAAUACUGUAUCUGAAUUAUCAUAUCAUUCAAAAUCUGAGGUGCGAGUAUUGUGGCGGGCACCACCGCCAGGUUCUGGAUGUGUAAUUUUUACCGCCAUGGUAAUGGAUAAUUUAACUGAAUGGUUUGCCGAAGAGGGUAAUCUCGUGAAAACUUUUUGCGAAAUGAAUGUCAAUGAGACUGAACAACUGAAUAAUUUACAUUGUUGUGCAUGCGACGAAGCUAAAUAUAAAAUGGUAUUAGAAGGUCUAUGGUCAAAAGCGACACAUCCAAAAGAUUAUCCAGAAUCUCUGUGGCUUACGCACUUUAGUGAUGUUGUCGGUGCCUCGCAUGAAACAAAUUUUUCAUUUUGGGGUCGUGAUCAUAUAGCAACAGACGGUUUCCGUCAAUUGGCCGAAUGGGGUUCAACCGCCGGACUUGAAGGAGAGCUACGUAGUAAUGCUAAAUAUUUAAGAACCUACAUAAAAGCUCCUGGACUUUGGUAUCCAAGAGUAAAUAAUAAAACUAGUGCAAAUUUCAAUGUUGAUCGUAAGCAUCCAGUACUUUCGGUUGCUUCGAUGUUCGGACCAUCUCCUGACUGGAUAGUGGGUGUUAGCAAGUUGAAUCUUUGUCAAUCCAAUUGCAGUUGGAUUAAGGACUUAGAAAUUGACCUGUAUCCUUGGGACGCUGGUACGGAUAAUGGAAUCACCUACAUGUCUCAUAAUUCAGAAACCCGACCUCGUGAAUACAUGAAGCUCAUUACCACAAUGUACCCUGAAGAUCCACGCUCACCUUUUUAUGAUCCAAGUGGCAAACCUAUGCAACCAAUAGCAAAAUUGUACUUAAAUAGAGAAGAAAUUAAGAAAAGUAAUUGUAACGACGAAGAUUUAGAAAAAAUAGUAGCAGAAUUUAAUAUGGUUGAAAACAUUGAUAAUAUUGAAAAACCAGAGUGUAUGACGACGGAAUAUUCACAAUGGACCAAGUGUUCAGUAAGUUGUGGUAAGGGUUUACGAAUGCGAACUCGAGCUUAUAGGAUACCCGAGAAGGCAAAUAUGAUGGGUUGUACUCGACAAUUAAUUUCGAAAGAGAUGUGCCUGGCUGAUAAAAAAGUUUAUAAAAGCCGAUUUUUUGAUUUUGAUGAAAAUCCGUUCCUCGAUUUUGAUGAGAAAGAAUGUGCAAUGAGCGAAUGGACUAAGUGGUCAAGAUGUGAUCCAUUUUGUUAUGUUAGUGAUAAAGUACGACGACGUAAAUUAUUAAAUAUUAAAAAUCGUAAAAAAUGCAUCCAUUUAAAACUUUUUGAAAAAAUUCGAUGUGAUUGUUUUGUCUCUGUACAAAAUGAGACUGAGAUUUGUAAGACUACAGAAUGGUCUGAUUGGUCACCUUGUACUAAGACUUGUGGUUCAGGAUUUCAAUCACGAUCAAGAUUAUUGCUUACUUUAAUUGAAGAUCGGCAAGCUUGUUUGAAUAAAGUUAAACUUUUUGAGCAACGUCCUUGUCUUAAUCAAUACGAUUGUAAUUUGUACUUCCAUACAACCAAAGCUAUUUGUUCAGAAAAAUUAAAUCAAGGACCUUGUCGUGGAUAUUUUGAAAAAUGGUAUUUUGAUUCAAAGCAUCUUGUGUGCUUACCAUUUAUUUAUGGAGGCUGCCGUGGAAACAAAAAUAAUUUUUCAACAUAUGAAGAAUGUAAAAAAAUAUGUGGAAAUGUAUUAAGUCAAAUGUCAAAUAACGAAUCGGUACCUACAACAGAAAACCCAUUAUCAAUUAACAUCAAUUGUGAACUUUCAAAUUGGUCCGAUUGGUCUCCUUGCAGUGUUACUUGUGGUAUUGGACAAUAUACGAGUUCUCGCUAUAUCAAGAAAAUACCACAAAAUGACGGAACAUCAUGUCCAAAGCAUUUACAACGAUAUACCAGAUGUCAACUUGCUCCUUGUGAAUAAAUAGUACAGAAUAUUAGUAUUCAAUGUUAAAUACUUAUUUUUACUUUAAAAGUUUUUAUUAACUAUUUAUAAACAAUUUUAUAAAUAU